AUGAGUGCCGAAGACAGUGAUAGUGAUGGUACCGACGAAGAAGGGGAUGUAAAGUUAGGUUCUGCGGAAGAAGGGUGUGAUGAAGAGUCCGACGAUCCCAGCGAGCUCCUCCAGUCAUGCAAGGACGAUAUCGAGAGUUCUGUAGACCGAUUCGAAUCGGCUACGCAGGAAGAGUCGGCACGUUUGAUCCUAAGACUGGCAGCAAUUUUAGCAAAAAGCUCCAAGAAGGAAGAGAUUGUUGACGAAGUUUUUGAUGAAGUCGUGAGCACUGCAGCCGACAUCAUUGUCCGAGUAAAAUCUGUUCACCGCCGGCCGAACUCUACCACGACUCAACUAGUGAAUCAUCUUAUUGCUCAGGCUGGAUUCGUUAAGUGCGAAGAAAAAUGGGAUAUACCAGUGGAUCGCGCUGCUCUUGGCAGACUUCUCCAUUCACUUGUUUCACGCUCAGUUCUUGAUAAAGAACGUGAUGUGAUUCGAAACUACUUGUAA